AUCCCUUGGACCCACUACCCCAGCAACGACGACUUGACUCCUGACUCCUGAGCCAGUCCCUUUCACCCUGAAUAACCUUCAACAUUAGCCGAUGAGCCCAAAGAUGACGGCAGGGACCAGGACCGCAGCGAAGAUCGGCUUGGCCAUGACUCCCAGCCCCGCAGCUCCGCCCUCCUCGACUAUGUCCGUCGUGGGUUGGCCCGGUUGGGGUCCCUGGGAAGUCCCGGGUUCAUCCUCUUCAUCCUCGUCCUCGUCCCCGUCGCCAUCGGCAUCUUCGUUGCCGCCCAUUUCGCCACCAGGAGGGUACGGUGGCUCUUCAACGCCGGGAGGGCAGUGCCAGUGGUCGUCGUGGGCCUCACAUUCCUCGUCCUCGCUCGGGAGAGAGGUGUGCUCGGGGACAGGGGUUGCGUCGCAGUGCCCUGUUGCAUUUUAUGCGGUCAGAUAAUGUGGGAUGCUCACUUGCAGUGGGAGAGAAAAGGAAGAAAGAAGAAAAAAAAGAAAGAAAAAAGCGGGGAAGAAAAACUCACAGUGGUCUCCAUGAGGGCUACAGAUGGACCCCGUGGGCGACGGCGGCAGCGUGUAGCUCGUCGGGCAGGUAGUGGUGGUAUG